CACCCUUCAAUCUCAUCCAUCUCCUGCAUUUUGCAGGAAAAAGUCAAUAGAAAUAUCCACUUUUAACAAGGAGGAAGGUCCUUUGGAGGAGGCAGAACAGUUUGAUCUGCUCCUUUUCCAUCCUCUACCACAAAUGCUGUCUUCAAACCCCAGCUGUGCAAGUUUGAAUGCUCAAGAACCUAAAACUGUCAAGUAAGCACUUAAACUUCCACAUUGGGUCAAUGCAAUGAAAGAAGAGCUAGAAGCACUUCACAACAAUAAUACAUGGACAUUGGUUCCUUCACCUUCACCUCAAUUGAACAUUGUGGGCUCGAAAUGGGUGUUCAAGACAAAACUACAUCCUGAUGGAAGUAUUGAAAGGUUUAAAGCAAGGCUGGUAGCACGAGGAUUCUCUCAAGUGCCCGGGUUGGACUUCGAUGAGACCUUUAGUCCAGUUCUAAAACCAACAACUUUGCGAUUGGUUAUUGCUCUUGCUACUACUCUAUCAUGGCCACUUAAACAGCUGGAUGUAAAGAAUGCGUUCCUUCAUGGCAAACUCAAAGAGGAAGUGUACAUGAGUCAACCACUUGGCUUUGAAGAUCCUAUUCAUCCCAAUCAUGUUUGCAAACUCAACAAAUCGAUCUAUGGUCUAAAGCAGGCUCCAAGGGCAUGGUUUGAUACAUUUACUAUUCAACUCUUCCAAAUUGGGUUCUAUUGUAGUAGAGCAUAAUCUUCUAUGUUUAUUCUUCAUAGAGGUCAAGACACUGUACUGCUCUUGCUAAAUGUAGAUGACAUUGUUCUCACAGCCAGUUCAUUGCAACUACUUCAAGAAGUUAUUAGCAAUUUGAGCGGCAAGUUUGCACUCAAGGAUUUGGGAUCCCUUAAUUAUUUUCUGGACAUUGAAGUAAAUAAGUUUCCAGGAGGCAUUUUCUUGUCACAAGCCAAAUAUGCCAAAGACAUCCUCUGUUGAGCCUCCAUGCUUGAAGCCUCUGCUAGUGCUACCCUUAUGGCUAUUAAAGAUACAACCAGUUUGAGGGAUAAUGAGCUCGUGAACACCCAGGAAUAUAGAAAACUUGUUGGGGCACUUCAACACUUAAUAAUAACCAGACUUGAUAUUUGUCAUGCUAUGAAUAAAGUUUGUCAAUUCAU